AUGGGCGCCACCCCGUUCCACCGUUCCAUCCUCGAGGUCCGGUUGCUGAAGCAUUUCGACAAACCAACGGACAUGAGGUAUGACGGGACGCAAGACCCGCAGGAGCACCUAACGGCCUUCGAGGCCCGAAUGAACCUCGAAGGAGUGGGAGACGAGGUAAGGUGCCGCGCUUUCCCGGUCACCUUGGCAGGCCCGGCGAUACGGUGGUUCAAUAGCCUUCUGCAGGGUUCUGUGGCCGGUUUCUCGGACAUCAGUCGCGCCUUCUUGGCGCAAUUCACUACCAGAAUCGCAAAGACAAAGCACCCAACCAAUCUCCUCGGCGUGACCCAACGCACCGAAGAGACCACCAGGAAGUAUCUAGAUCGGUUCAACGACGAAUGCCUGGACAUCGAGGGACUAACCGACUCUGUGGCCAGCCUUUGUCUGACGAACGGCCUUCUUAAUGAGGAUUUCCGAAAACAUCUCACCACCAAACCGGUCUGGACGAUGCACGAGAUCCAGACUGUAGCCAAGGAAUACAUAAAUGAUGAGGAAGUCAGCCGAAUUGUGGCUGCCAACAAACGGCAGCCUUCCUACAAUCAACCCAGGCAACACAGUAAUGGAGAAAGGCAGAAGAAGCAAGUCAGAGACGGGGGCCCGAGCAGAGCGCCCAGACCGCCUCCCUGGGUCAGAAAAUUUGCCAACUACACCCCACUCACCCUCCCCAUCAUAGAAGUUUACCAACAAAUAGCCGAAAAGGGGAUAUUGUCGAAACCUCGACCUCUUAAAGAUCGUACAGGGGCAAACAAGAGUCUCUACUGUCAUUACCAUAAAGGCUAUGGACACCAAACACAAGACUGUUUCGACCUAAAGGACGCACUGGAGCAAGCGAUCAGGGACGGUAAACUGACUGAAUUCUCCCAUCUCAUAAGGGAACCGAGGAGACCACAUAGGAACCACAGUGACGAGGGCAAGACCCGAUCGACGAAAUGGCGACAAGAGCCAGAAGACAACGAUCACGGCCUCACCGUAAUAAAUGUGGUGACUGCCAAAAACACAGCGCCAAAGUCGAGAUCUGCGCACAAGAAAGAUGCCAAAGUCCUGGCAAUUUCCUCCUCGCCGGCAUGA